GGCAAAAUUCUGAUCAUCUCGGGUCUAGUCGCAGAAAUCUGCAGCAACCAACACCGCCAGCUUGCAAGAGACCUGAACGACCAGACAAUUAUGGGUGAAUAUUUUUGUCGUCCUGGACAUUGGCAGACGGCUUUGUCCGUGGUCUGGAAUCGACGUGAGUAAAGAGUCACCGAUCAGGAUUCUACUGGGCUUGCCAGUAAUCAAAGCAGUUAUAAUUCGAUAAAUUUUCAAGACAAAUCUCUUCACCCUGCGAGAAAUCACACGCAAAUACUCGACAAAACCAGGCAUGCCGUCGUAUAAUUAUCACCUCAAGUUUGAGCUCUACCCAAACCCCGACCCAGAAGCGACCUUGUCUCACUACGACAAGAACCCCGCCAACAUCUGGCUCCCGACCGAUGCCGUAGGCAUCUUUGGCCAACUUCCACCACACCCGCGAGUACAGUCUGUGACAAGAGGUGGGAAACCGACUUGGACGACAACGGCAGGACCUUCAGUGAUAUAUUCAGGCGACAAAAACUGGGCGCACGAUUACAUCCCUGCCGAAGACCGACGGCAGGUCCAACAGCACCCCUCACAGGUCAUCGAUUGUGGUCCGUCGCGACCGGUCGAUCGAGGGCUUUCCACUUCAACGGGAGAGACUGAUAGGGAGAGCCAAAUUGCACACAUAAGCGAGCGUCAGUUUCGCGCCAGAUCUCAGAGCAUCCCUGCGCCCAAGUUCACUGCCGGCCUUGGACCCAAAACGGCUGCUAAGGACUGGCGUUUCGGGCGCAUCAACAUUGAGAGCUUUGACCUGGAUGGGUACGAAAUAGACACGACCGCCGGUAAGGGAGGACUGGACAUGUUGGGAAACAACGCGGGCCAGAAGAUGGCGGAAUCUGACGGAGCGGCUUCGGGCCCUGCUAGUGGCUCGACAAGCAACAUCACGGGUGUUAUGCCGGCAGCUUCGUUGGGACCGACCCUGGGAGGAGCUGCCCAGGCGACACGCGCGAGAUAUGUACCACUGGAGACCAAGAACACUGAGAUUGGCUGGGGCAUCGUGCACUUGUAUCGCGAGGGCAGCGAUGGUAGUAGUUCCAAAGCCGCCAUGUCGUCAUCCCACAAGGGGACUGAGGGUGUCAACGACGACGAGGGAACUAUUCUUUGCAUACCGGCCGUCCCCGGCUACCUCUCACCGAGCGACUUCCUUGGCUUUGUUGGCGAGAAAUGGCGCGGUGAUGUUAGCCACUAUCGUAUGGUCAUGACAAGUCGGAUGAACCGUUACAUGGUUCUUAUGAAGUUUCGAGAUGCGAAGAGGGCCAAGGAGUGGCGCAAGGAGUUCGAUGGCAAGGUCUUUAAUAGUCUGGAGGCCGAGAUAUGUCACGUCACGUACAUCAAGUCCAUCACGGUCGAGACCCCGACAAAGCCCGUCCCACGUUUAUCAGAGCCGUCGUCGUCCGUAUCGAGCUCCCUCAAACCGUUCCCGCCACCGACCGCCGAUCUAGUCGAGCUACCUACCUGUCCCGUAUGCUUGGAGCGUAUGGAUGAUACGACCGGCCUGAUGACCAUUCUCUGCCAACAUGUGUUUCACUGCACAUGCCUUCAGACUUGGAAAGGAUCGGGCUGUCCUGUGUGCCGCGCAAGCACCAAACCCGCCCACCCACCUACGUCACCCUUGGACCAGCCGUUCGGCGCCGGGGUAUCAAAUUUGUGUACCGUGUGCGACGAGGCUUCAGACCUGUGGAUCUGCCUGAUAUGUGGGAACGUCGGUUGCGGUCGCUACAAGGGCGGCCACGCCAAAGACCACUGGAAAGAGACGGCCCACUGCUUCAGUCUGGAGCUGGAAACACAGCAUGUCUGGGAUUACGCAGGCGAUAUGUGGGUGCACCGCCUCAUUAGAGACAAGGGGGAUGGCAAGGUCGUCGAGCUACCGCAAAGACCAUCACGGGAGGCCGACGAUGAGAACGGGGUCUACGACGAGGACGUCGUCCCGCGCGCCAAGUUAGACAGCAUCGGCCUCGAGUACACCCAUCUGCUUACCAGCCAGCUCGAGUCUCAGCGCGUCUAUUUCGAGGAGCUGGUUAGCAAGGCGGCAGACAAGGCGUCCAGGGCCGCCGCGUCGGCGGAAUCUGCCAGCUUUGCCGCCGCGGAAGCCAUCCGGCAGCUCAAUGAGCUUCGGGCUGAGCACGCGACGCAAAAGGCUGAGACGCUGCCCUCGCUGGAGCGCGACCUGGCUCGCGAGAGGAAGCGGGCCGACAAGGCCGGGGACCUGGCCCGGUCGAUGGGCAAGUCGCUCCAAGAGGAGAAGCGCGUGAGCGAGGGGCUCAUGGCGCGCAUAGAGCACGUCAACCGGGAGCUCGAGGCUGUGAAGCUCGAGAUGGCCAAGCUCAAAGAGGAGAACGAGGAGUUGAAGGAUACAAAUCGCGACUUGACCAUGUUCAUAUCCGGGCAGGAGAAGCUCAAAGAGAUGGAGCACGAGGGUCAGAUAGAGCCUGGUGAGCUAGAGGAGGGGACGGCCAGUGUCCCGGAGCAGAAGCGAAAGAAGGGCAAAGGCAAAGCGAAGAAGUGAACGAUAGGCAUGCCCAUUUAUAUGCGUGCUACUUCCUGUUGAUGCCGUCAGCAGAUACACUGGCUGAAAAGAUGACUCUUGAGACAUUGUAUGUAGGUGUGUAGCGAAUGAUGAAGCCUAUGAAGCAACUGGUCAUAAUAACUUUCUCGUAUUUGUAAAUAUCGCUAAUUAAAGCGUGUCGAUUAAUUUGUAAAAG